ACUUCCGUCCUGUCAUAUGACUAGCGGCGUUAAUUCACCCGAUAAAAGUGUAAACCUCUCCGUCAGGAAGCGACUUUUAUCGACAUAGAAAAGAUGGCAACCUUAGUAGCGCACGCUCCAGUAGACCUGAACGGCCCUGAAGCUGCGGCAAGGCAACACGCACAAGCUGUGACAAGAAACUACAUCUCGCAGCCGAGGCUGACAUAUUCCACUGUGUCGGGUGUUAACGGCCCCCUGGUCAUUCUGGACAAGGUCAAAUUUCCUCGCUAUGCUGAGAUCGUCCACCUCACCUUGCCGGAUGGCACCCGGAGGAGUGGGCAGGUGUUGGAGGUGAUUGGCACUAAGGCUGUUGUUCAGGUGUUUGAAGGGACCUCAGGUAUUGAUGCUAAGAAGACCGCCUGUGAGUUCACAGGUGACAUCCUACGCACACCUGUGUCUGAGGACAUGCUGGGACGUGUCUUCAACGGUUCGGGCAAACCUAUUGACCGUGGCCCCAGUGUAUUGGCUGAGGACUACCUAGACAUCAUGGGCCAACCCAUCAACCCUCAGUGUCGUAUCUAUCCUGAGGAGAUGAUCCAGACAGGCAUCUCUGCCAUUGAUGGUAUGAACAGUAUCGCCAGAGGACAGAAGAUCCCCAUCUUCUCUGCAGCUGGCCUUCCUCAUAAUGAGAUUGCCGCUCAGAUCUGUCGACAGGCUGGUUUGGUGCAGAAGUCCAAGGACGUCAUGGACUACAGCUCCGACAACUUUGCCAUCGUCUUUGCUGCUAUGGGCGUCAACAUGGAGACUGCUCGCUUCUUCAAGUCGGACUUUGAGGAGAACGGAUCCAUGGACAACGUCUGUCUGUUCCUCAAUCUCGCCAAUGAUCCCACCAUCGAGCGCAUCAUCACUCCGCGCCUGGCGCUGACCUCAGCUGAGUAUUUGGCCUAUCAGUGUGAGAAACACGUGCUGGUCAUCCUGACUGACAUGAGCUCCUACGCCGAGGCUCUGAGAGAGGUGUCUGCUGCUCGUGAGGAGGUACCAGGUCGUCGUGGCUUUCCUGGCUACAUGUACACCGAUCUCGCAACGAUUUAUGAGCGAGCUGGAAGAGUAGAGGGACGAAAUGGCUCUAUAACACAGAUCCCCAUCCUCACCAUGCCCAACGAUGAUAUCACUCACCCCAUCCCCGAUCUGACUGGCUACAUUACAGAGGGUCAGGUGUAUGUGGACCGUCAGCUGCAUAACAGACAGGUGUAUCCACCCAUCAACGUGCUACCCUCGCUCUCUCGUCUGAUGAAGUCUGCCAUCGGGGAGGGCAUGACCCGCAAAGACCACUCGGAUGUCUCCAAUCAACUGUAUGCGUGCUAUGCUAUCGGUAAGGACGUCCAGGCUAUGAAAGCUGUGGUGGGGGAGGAAGCUUUGACCUCUGAUGAUCUUCUUUAUCUGGAGUUCCUGCAGAAGUUUGAGAAGAACUUCAUCGCUCAAGGCCCCUACGAUAACAGGACUGUGUUUGAGACCCUGGACAUUGGCUGGCAAUUACUGCGAAUCUUCCCCAAAGAGAUGUUGAAGCGAAUCCCACAGAGCACCCUGGCCGAGUUCUACCCGCGCGAGUCCACUGCACGCCACGCCACCUCCUAACCACCUCUCAAGGGCAAGGGUUAAAGGUCACGCAAGCUGUCUGACCAUGUGAGCUGUCUGAGUUUGCACCUCUCUAAAUAAAGUGUUACCCAGAGCUCACCACCCUCUGUACAUCUGCUGUGUAUGUGUGAGUGAUGUUUUGUAAGGGUCAUACAUGUGAUUCAUCUGCUGUAGAACCUGUCAGGUUUUGUUUGUUGUUAUUUUUUCCUUACACGUAAAGAGACCUUUAAGAAAGCGGAAGAUAUGACAUGUUGGAUGAUUCUCCCCCCCCCCCCCCCCCCUUUGAGUUCUCAUGGUUUGUUCUUCCUCUAAUGUGUAGAAAACAUCCUGAAAUGUUUGAGCUGGUUAAGAUGACAAUUUCUGUCCCUUACAUUGAUAUUUAACAUUUCAUCCAACAUUCUGUGUUCUCUUUUACAACAUAUUUAUUACUUUCACCAUUCCUGUAAUCACUGAGCUUCUGUUGUCUUAGAUCAACUGAAAACUGGUUAACUUGAUGAAAAGAAAUUAUUUAUUUUAGUAGUGGCAUAUUUCACCUGCAAAUACAGAAGACAUUAGCCUGACCUAAAAAUGCAGUGUGCAGUGUGUUGGGUUUAGUUUUACUAGUCUCAGCUGUUGAACGCAAUGGUACUUUGUUGCACAUAAUGUUGGAUUUUCUUUGUCUGACACGAAUAAGACCACAAAGAUCUUGGCCGUAUACAUGGAUGCGUGAAUAUCCUCUCUGUCCCACGCUAAUCUGACGGGAGUGUGUGAGAGGGUUGUUGUUUUUUUUUGACAAAUGAACUAGAGGAUGUUUACAUUUUGUGUUUUGUGAAUGUGUGAUCUGUGUUAUCUAAGAAAUGUCCAACAUUGCCCUACUCUUACAGUCUGUUGGCCUGCUAGAUCCUGCUUGUGUUGAUGAUAACGAAUUAAUUAAAUGAUAUUAUUCUCCCAAA